AUGAAAUCGAUGAAAGUGCCAUUUUCAUACAAACGGGCCAAACCACUGGACCUGUCGUUCGAAGACCUGGAGUCGCUGUUGCCCAGCUCGCUUCGAGUGUUCUCCACGGGCUUCGUCAACAACAUCCGGCUGCUGGUUGACAAACUGCUCUGGCAGCCAAAUGCCCUCUGCUGGCUAGACCUGUCUCACAACCAGUUGACCGACCUGUCAGAUGCGCUGCUCGGGUUCCCAAAUCUGAGUACGCUGUACUUGCACCACAAUCGAUUGGCCAGCCUGUGCGCCGUGGCGCGCAUCAACCGGCUGCCAAAGCUCAGGUCGGUGACGCUGCAGAACAACCCGGUGGCCGAGUACCACGGUUACCGGACCGCGGUCCUAUCCGUGUUGAAGCGCAUCACCAGGCUUGACUUCGUCAGCGUGACGGAAAAACUAUUAAUGCGCCAGAAAUCAUGA